AUGCAGUUCACUGAUGAGGAGGCCGCUGAUGUAAAGAAAUGGGUGGUCAAAAAGCUGGAAGACAUCUCUGAUGCGGACUCUGAUGUACUUGCAGACUAUGUUUUGGCGCUAGUUAGGUCCGAUGCGCCAGCCGAGGAAAUCAAAAAGGUCUCAGUCGAAAACCUGGAGGAUUUCCUGCGCGAACACACCCAGCCAUUCGUUACUGAGCUCUUUACAACCUUCGGUCCCAAACAACCCGCGCCUCCUACGCCCGCACCUGCACCCCAGCCGCAGCGCCAGCCCCAACCAGCUGCUCACAUCCCCUCGUCGCAACCUCCUGAGAAUGCCCCGAGCGGCCCGAGAGCUGCUGUCACUCCUGGCAGUGCCAAUCGCAAACGUACUUUCAAUGAGGGAUUCCAAGGGGAGCCGGAGCAGGAUGAUGGUGGGUUCCAGAAUCGCGCUAUGAAGACUGCACGCCGUGGCGCGCGCGGAGGUGGUCGCGGUGACUUCAUGGGUGGACAUCAGAUGCAACAGGGUCAAAUGUUCUCUCCGCAGCAAAUGGGCCAGCAAUUCUCUCCACAUCAACAGGGCCAACAGUUCCCUCCACAGCAGCCCGGUGGUUUCCCCAUGAUGACCGGUUUCCAGCCCUUCGACCCAAAUGAUCCUAUGGCAGCAAUGAUGGCUAUGCAGAGUAUGCAGGGUAUGGGAUUCCCGCCGAUGCCGGGCAUGCCUAUGCCUGGAAUGCCUGGUCAGCCAGGAAUCGAUCAGAUUCCACAAAGCACCCAGCGAUGUCCGUUCUAUGAUACCCAAGGUAUUUGUUACCUAGGAAAUACUUGCCCCUAUCAACACGGUGAUGGCGGUGCCUCGAAAGAUGAUGAAUAUGAUCCCAAGACUGCGGGUACACAUGCGCAGCGGGGCGGUGCUCACAUGCGCGGCGAUCGUGGCCGCGGCCGUGGUCGCGGUGGAUUUAGCGGACGAGGACGCGGCCGGUCCGAUUUCUCAUCGGCAGGACCUAAUGAGGACCAGUCCGUUACGACAAUUGUUGUUGAGCAGAUUCCCGAUGACAAGUUCAAUGAGGAGUCUGUGCGCGAGUUCUUCUCUGAGUUCGGCAGCAUUACUGAGGUCACCUUGCAACCCUACAAAAAGGUGGCUUUGGUCAAAUAUGAAACUUUCCCUGAAGCCAAGGCCGCGUGGUCCAGCCCCAAGGUCAUCUUCGAUAACCGUUUCGUGAAGGUUUACUGGUACAAACCGAAUCGCGAGGAACAUCAGGGCAGCGCACAGCCUGAGACCCCAGUCUUCAACCAAGAAGAAUUUGAGAAGCAACAACAAGAAGCACAGAGGGUGCAUGAGGAGAAAAUGAAAAAGCGACAAGAGACCGAAGCAGCCAAGCAGGCUCUAGAGCGCCAACGCGAUGAACUUAUCAAGAAACAACAAGAGGAGCGGGCCCGUCUCAUGCAGCGGAUUGGAGUCACAGCAGACACAAGCAAUGCCACCGGUACUGGAGACGCCAUGGCCACCGAGCCUGCUGCUGAUGAGAAUAUCAGUGAGGAGACGAAAAAGCUACGGGCUCAGCUAGCUGCCCUCGAAGCCGAGGCCAAGAGCCUUGGUCUCGACCCUUCUGCUGACCCUUCUGCACGGGGUGGAUACCGGGGCCGUGGUGGAUUCCGUGGCCGAGGCACAUACCGAGGACGUGGCGCUUAUGAUCCCAACUUCCGCGGAGGAUAUCGUGGGCGCGGUGGAUUUGCCCCUCGGGGACGAGGAGGUGUGCUGCGUCUGGAUAACCGACCUCGACGAGUCGCCGUAUCGGGCGUUGAACUCAACUCAGACAAGGACGAAGCAUUGCGUCAGCACCUGAUGGGCGUUGGCGAAUAUGAAUCUAUUGAAGCACACCCAGACCAGCCCAACACCGUUGUGGUGGCAUUCAAAGAGCGCUUCCAGGCCGAGAAGCUCAUGUUCUCCCCCUGGAACAUCCCCUCUGUGGGCGAGGUCCAGCUUACCUGGGUGGCCAACCCGCCCAUUACACUUCCUACUGCUGGAUCAACGGAAUUCAAGGGUGGUAUUGGACAGGACGAACCAGAAGACACUAUCAUGUCGUCUACCUCGGUGGGCAACCCCGCUCCUGCACGGGAUAUGGACUAUGACGUUGCGGAGGAUGACAGCUGGGGCGCUUAA